UCGACGCAGAAAGCCGGUGCGUUCAAUCGGGCUUUUUGCAGAAACAUUCGGAUCUAUGGCUGUCGGAGGGAUGAAACUGUCGUCUUUAUGCUGUCUGCUAUUAUAUCUAAUCGCAGCAGUGUUCGCGGGGAGAGAUUUCUACAAGAUUUUGGGGGUCAGCAAGUCAGCAUCCAUCAAAGACAUCAAAAAGGCAUACAGAAAGUUGGCACUACAGCUCCAUCCGGACCGAAAUCCCGAUGACCCAAAUGCCCAGGACAAAUUUGCAGACCUUGGAGCUGCUUACGAGGUACUGUCUGAUGAGGAGAAAAGGAAACAGUAUGAUGCAUAUGGAGAAGAAGGACUGAAAGAAGGCCAUCAUAGUUCACAUGGUGAUAUAUUUUCCAGUUUCUUUGGAGACUUCGGCUUUAUGUUUGGUGGAAACAGGCAGCAACAGGACCGAAAUAUUCCAAGGGGAAAUGACAUCAUCCUGGACCUUGAAGUCACCCUUGAAGAAGUGUACUCUGGAAACUUUGUUGAGGUGGUUCGAAACAAGCCUGUUGCCAAAGAAGCUCCCGGGAAAAGGAAAUGCAAUUGCCGACAGGAAAUGAGAACCACACAGUUAGGACCAGGUCGUUUCCAGAUGACUCAGGAAGUUGUCUGUGAUGAGUGCCCAAAUAUCAAGCUGGUGAACGAGGAAAGGACACUGGAGGUGGAGAUUGAGCAGGGUGUCAGAGAUGAGAUGGAGUAUCCUUUCAUUGGUGAAGGUGAACCUCAUAUCGACGGUGAACCUGGAGAUUUGCGUUUCCGCAUCAAAGUCAUGAAGCACCCAGUGUUUGAGCGCAGAGGAGAUGACCUCUACACCAAUGUCACCAUCUCCCUCGUAGAGGCACUGGUUGGCUUUGAGAUGUACAUCACACAUCUAGAUGGUCAUAAGGUCCAUAUUGUAAGGGAUAAAAUUACUAAGCCUGGAGCACGCAUCUGGAAAAAGGGAGAGGGCCUUCCUAACUUUGACAAUAAUAACAUCCGUGGAUCACUAAUCAUCACCUUUGACGUGGAGUUCCCAAAGGAACAGUUAGACGACCAGCAAAAAGAGGGUGUGAGGCAGUUGUUGAAGCAAGCAUCAUAUCAGAAGGUUUAUAACGGACUACAGGGAUACUAACAUACACAAAAACAGGACUGAUUUCCCUGUUCCUGUCCCAUACACACACACACACACAGAUACAGAGGAACAAGCAGUGGGUGUAUUUAUUAUUUUCAGACUGUACUCAGGAUGGGUUGACUGUUUGUGUUUUUAUUUUAUUUUUUGAUUUGUAAUAUGUUGAAUUCAGAUGUAUGACUUUUAAAAGCUCCUGAUCUCUUAAGUGGUGGUAUUUGGGGGGGAAAACAUUUUUAAUUUGUCAUUUGCCUAAAUAAUUUGGUUUUUCUUUUUCUGCCACCAACCUUGCAGUUUACUGACAUUUAAAGGCAUUUCUGACUUCAGUUCGACAUGAUCUGGACUAAAGUUUGAACAAAUUUCAGCUCACGUUCUUUUUGCCACGUCUGUCAACUGCUAAAAAAAAUCACUCUUUAUUGUAAGAAAAAAAACUGUCACGUCAAGCCAGGAAAGAAGAACUAGGGCUUCAAACUGAAUGAUAACAGCGUCUGUAGAUUGUCACAGCUGGACGAAUCUCCACUGUUUGUCUUUUUGGAAGCAGCUCAUGAUUAUGAACAUGUUUAACAACUUUUCAUUCAAAUUCUUCCAUAACACUGAGCCUCAAUUUAUUACAUUGCGAUUUAUUAUUACAUAGUAAAAAGGCCAAAUGAGUAGGA